AUGGUUCGUACUCUAAAGCCCCUUGAGUACUACAGACUCAGUCCACGCUCAUCAGUGGACUCGAAUGCUUUGCUCUCCGUUUCGGACUUUGAGGACUUCAUCACCCCCAGAAGAGCAACUGGCAGGCGCUUUCUAUUCUCAAGGCAUCCAUCAUCCGGAGCCGUCCUUUUCUACCCCAGGCAGUUUCUUCACCAUGUGAUGCGUCGCAUAAUCCCCCGUGGGCUUGGUGGUCUUGUACGGCUCAUCAUAGGCUUCUUGCUCCUGUUGAUCGCUUUGACGGGCAUGCUAUGGCCCUCAUAUACGCAUUUACCCCCACACUAUCAGUUCCUCCGCCAGCAGGCCUCCCGCAGCGGCAUUGCAGGACGAGGGAACCCCCAUAAUGAGACAGUCUUCAUUGCAGCCAUCCUCUACGACCCAGAUGGGAAGCUAGCCAGUGGGAGAUGGGGGCAUGAUUUGCUGCACUUGAUCAAUCUGCUAGGCGAAGAAAAUGUCUUUCUCAGCAUCUAUGAGAACGAAAGUGGCGACAAAGGUCUGACUGCCCUUCGGGACCUAGAGGACCAGCUGCCUUGCCGCAGUUCGAUACAAAUAGAACUGGACCUGGACAUGAGCACCUUCCCUACAGUAACUGUCCCGGGAGGAGGCAAACGGGUGAAACGAACAGACUAUCUCGCAGAAAUGCGGAAUCGUGCUUUACAACCGCUAGAUGAGCACCCAGAGAUUAAGUUUGACAGGAUACUAUAUCUGAACGACGUAAUCUUCGAUCCCAUCGACGUGCUCCAUCUCCUCUUCUCUACCAACAGCGAUGAGAACGGGGUGGCCCAGUAUCGGGCCGCAUGCGCAGUCGAUUUUAUCAACGCAUUCAAAUUCUACGAUACAUAUGCCACAAGGGAUCUGGAGGGCUAUAGAAUUGGCCUGCAGUUCUUCCCUUGGUUCACGUCAGCGGGGUCGGGGGCCAGCCACAAAGAUGUCCUGAAAGGAAAAGAUGCGGUUCGAGUGCGCAGCUGUUGGGGUGGAAUGGUGGCAUUCGAUGCAAAAUAUUUUCAACGACGCGAAAACCCAGUCCGCUUUCGCGCCAAUCCAGAUUUGUUCUAUGAUGGAUCAGAAUGCUGCAUUAUUCACGCCGAUAUUCAAGAUUCGCCAUUGGACACCACGAAGACCACAGACACAGGCAUUUAUAUGAACCCAUUUGUGCGGGUCGCAUACGACGAGCGCAGCCACUCCUGGCUGUGGGUAACACGGCGGUUUGAGAAACUAUACCCGCUUGUCCACAAUAUUGUCAACCACAUGGCAGGCUUGCCCCGAUACAACCCCCGUCGGAGUGAGAUUCCUGGCCAGCUGGUCAAAGAUACGCUGUGGGUGCCCGAUGCGACUGAUGCACGCGAGGGCGCAUUCCGUGAAGUGGAGCGUGUCGCUGGGAAUGACGGCUUCUGCGCGGACGGCUUCGGGGGGCAUCGGGGGAUUUCAGUGAUUGUGGAGGACCGACAGCCUGGCCAGGACGGAUGGGAGCAUAUUCCACUGCCAUCGAUUUAG